GAAUCGAAGAAAAAGGGCGGAGGAAAGGGAGCCACCGAGGGGAUUGAGAAAAAAAAAAAAAAAAAAGACAAACCACCGUGACUUUUAGCACCGAGCCGAAUUAACACGUUCAACUUUCGCCACACUGCGGGACUUCAGGGACACUUGGGAGCCGCUUUACAUCCAGUGAGCGGACGGAAGUUCCCUGCUCUCUUCCUGCCUGUUUUGCCCAGAUUGUAGCUCCAGGGAAAAGGCACCAAAGCCCUCCGUCCUUCAGAAGUCUUGACAGUGGUGGGGAGUUGCAGGGGCCAUGCAUCGGGGGUGAGGAGGGGGACUCGCUUCGGGGGACAAACACAGCGUCGGGCGACGAGGAGGUCGGGGCCGGUCAGCGUGGAGAUGAAGCUCAAACAGCGCAUGGUGGUGCUGUGUGCCGUGCUCCUCCUGCUGGGCCUGGCCAAGAUCUUCCUGCUGGAUGGAGGUGAAGGAUCUGCAGCCACCCGAAGGGACCUCAGAGCAUUUCGCAAGAUGGAAGCCGGUCUUUCUCUGUCUCGAGGAGCUCGCCUCACCCACACCCUGCAGUCUCCGUGGGAGAUAGCGAGCCAGUGGGUGGGUCCCAGAGAGGUGUACCCUGAGGAGACCCCUGAGCUGGCCGCCGUGCUCACGGCCCUGAGCACUGCCAGGAUAGAACGGGCCGACGUGGGCUACAAGGGCACGCAGCUCAAAGCCCUGCUGGUGUUGGACGGAGGACAAAAAGUUGUCUUCAAACCCAAGAGAUACAACAGAGACUACGUGGUUGAAGGAGAGCCAUACGCAGGCUAUGACCGACACAACGCUGAGGUGGCUGCUUUUCACCUGGACAGGAUCCUCGGGUUCAGGAGAGCACCUCUGGUUGUGGGUCGAAAUGUCAACCUGCGAACAGAGAUCAAGCCCGUGGCCACAGACCAGCUGCUGAGCACUUUCCUCAUGCAGGGUAAUAAUACAUGUUUCUAUGGAAAGUGUUACUACUGCCGGGAGAGCGAGCCAGCAUGUGCAGAGGGGGAGAUCAUGGAGGGCUCUCUCACCCUUUGGCUGCCGGACGUCUGGCCGUUGCAGAAACACAGACACCCAUGGGGACGAACAUACAGAGAAGGCAAGCUGGCCAGGUGGGAGUAUGACGAAAGCUACUGUGAUGCGGUGAAGAAAAUGCCCCCAUACGACGCAGGACCGAGGCUGCUGGACGUCAUCGACACAGCCAUAUUUGAUUAUCUCAUCGGCAACGCUGACCGACAUCACUACGAGAGUUUCCAGGAUGACGGAGGAGCCAGCAUGCUCAUCCUGCUCGACAACGCAAAGAGCUUUGGGAACCCAGCGUUGGAUGAGCGAAGUAUCCUCGCGCCACUAUAUCAGUGCUGCAUGGUUCGUGUGUCCACUUGGAACAGAUUAAACCUACUGAGAGGCGGAGCUCUGAGUGCAGCCAUGCGGCAGGCUCUGGCGUUCGAUCCUAUCGACCCGGUGCUGGCUGAGCCACACCUCGCAGCCCUGGACAGGCGUCAGUCUGGAGUCAUAGCGACUGUAAAGCAGUGCAUGGAGGCGCAGGGCCCUGACAACACUCUAAUAGAAGACCGAAUGAACCUCCCACAUCCCUAGGAAGAAGGAAGGAGACAGAGCGACAAAAGAGCCGGGACUUUCCUCAGCAAGCCUGGAGAGGAGACGGCGAGGGACCAAACAGAUCAGGUUUUAAAGGAAAUGCAGAGUGAGUGAAAGAGGCAACAGGGUGGAACAAAGGCUUACAUUUCUUCUUGUCAAGACUGGAGUGGUUCUCUGAAAGAAAAUGACAGGAUUUUGAAGAGUUGGAACUGUGUCACCUUCAACUUUAUAAACUUUCUCUCAGGACUGUUGUGCACUAAAGGACAGUUUCUGCUGUAAGAACCCCUCCAUCUACUACUACUGGUUUCAAUGACAUCCUGCCUUCCGCCAAAUCCUCCCUCCGGCUUUUCCGUCGGAGUUAGGACGAAGCUCGGAGAGACAGAAACGGUCUCAAGAAAGGAGGGAGGGUUACAAUGAGCCACCUAUUUCCUUGUGAAAGACACUGCACAGCCAUAUUUCAGGCUGUUUGGAGCUUACAGUCCAAGAAACUAAAAUUACUGUUGAAUUAACAGGAAAUUACAUUUAUUUUGGACCUGAGAACAUUUUUUUCCCCCUCUUGAAUUGAAAUUUACCUUUGGAAGGAAAAGAGAAUUGACUCUGCUGCAUCAGUGUGUAAAUAUUUAACUACGUAGUGACAUAGAAAUGUGAGGCGAAAGAAUAUAAAUUUGCGGAUUAUAAUAUUAAAUAAACCUAAAGCUGUGUGUGAGUGUAUGUGUGUGAGUGUGUGUGUGUGGACGAGUGCCAUAUUGUGCCGUAAUUACGAAAGCUACUGACAUGACAGACUUGAAGCGAGGGGGGAAACAGAGGUCGGGAGUGUGGGUUUAUCUUCAGCAUUAAACUAUGAUCUAUUUAA